AAUGGAAAACCCAGCACCAACAUAUCCCGAGUAUGUGUACAUAACACACUUACUGAUCGCCCGCAUAGCACUCUUCAACAAAAGAAGAGUAAAUGAGGUCUCUGAGCUGAAAGUGAGUGACUUCCAGAAGCGAAUAAGAGGAGAUGAAUUAGACACAAACACCGAAAUCUACAAUUCCCUGGCUGUCAGUGAAAAGGCUCUGUUAAAGAGAAUGGAACUUCUUGAGGUAAGAGGGAAGAGCACUCGGGGACUGAGGAAGGUGUUUGUAAUUCUAAGCACCGACAUGGUGGAAGGUUUGUCGCACCUCUUGAUGGUUCGUGCGCAGGCUGGUGUACCAUCAACAAACACGUUCCUAUUCUCCAGAUGUACAGAUUCACCACAGGAUGGCUGUGAAGCACUGAGAGUGGUCACAUCUAAGUGUCACAAUCUUGCCUUUCCAGAACGGGUCAGGACAACAAAACUGAGAAAGUAUUUGGCAACUACUACUCAGAUAAUGGAUAUGAGAGAUGAUGAGCUGAAGUUAAUUGCUGAUCACAUGGGACACUCUGUUGCCAUACAUACUGACGUGUACAGAAUGCAGACGUCAGUGCUUGAACGAACAAAAGUUGCAAGGGCUCUUCUAGCUUUAGAAGAUGGUAAACUACAGGGGUUUAAUGGUCGCGACCUUUCGUCGGUCAGCCUUGAUGAAUUGCCUGAACCUGAACCUGAACCUUACAAAGCAGGGUCAUUUGAAGAAUUGUCUGAACCAGACAACAGCUAUGAGGAUGUUCCUGAAGUUGAAACAGAAGCUGUACAGAAGCCUCAUGCAUGUACAGGAUCAAAAAAACGAUGGUCGAAAGAGGAGGAGAGUGCUCUACGGGAAGCCUUUGACAUUCAGAUAAAAAUGCAGAAAAACGUUUCAACAAUGGAGAUCAGGAAAGCACAGAAGUGUUAUCCUGUGUUGCAAGACAGAUCAGAAGCUGUUAUUCGGACAAAAAUAAACAACAUCAAAUUAGGAAAAUACAAAAAAAUAUGAACUGAAUUCAACCACUGCUAGAUAAGGGUAAUUUAAAAAAAAAUAAAGCCAUUGGUUUACAGUUGUAUGAUCAUGAACAUUUCUUGUGUCAGAAUGCCGAAAUUGAUGAGUGAAUUGGACUUUGCAAAGACAUGUGUUUUUGAAAUUAUAAAUGACUUUCACUGUUUAGUUUUCGCAGUGACCUUUGGAGGAAAUUGCUUUUCCAAUCAAUAACUGGAGAACCGUUGGGCCAAGCUUUGUGAAACUUAAUAGGAAGGUUUGUUUUUUUGUUGACCUCUAUUGUUUUUAGGUGACUAGGUCAAAGGUCAAAGUGACCUUGUAUGUUCAAACACUGUGAAAGAGUUGGGCCUAAGUUAAAGAAACAUAGUGUAGUUGGCUGUGACCAGUAGAUGGCACCUAUGAAUUAUUCAAAUAAUAUAUUUUGGUCAAAACCAACACAAGACAAAAAUGGAGUGUAGACGAAGUUGCUGAAAUAAAGGAGUAUUUUAAGACUUAUUUGGAUUCUGGCAUAACACCUAGAAACAAAGAAGUACAGUUGGCCAUGGCAAAAAGCAGGAAGAACAACGGCAUUCUUUGGAUGAGAAAAGCACAUCUCAUUAUUAAGAAGAUCAGCAACUUGAACAAAGACAAACGAAAAAUGUCUGUUAUCCAUUGUUUCCAUUCAUAGGGUAUCAACAUUUACUGUGUUUUUAUGCCCAUCCGUGUCAGUGAAACAUUUUUAGUUUCAAAUUUGAAAUACAAGCCACUUGAAGCAUAGAAGGCUUAAGAAAAACAGCCAUAUGGACUAGCUUAUAUCCAGAUUUGUUACACAUUUUUUUUUAUGCUUUUAAUUUCUAUAACAUUUUAGUGUGCACUUAAUUUUACUGUUUAUGUAUUGUCAUUUGAUAUUGAGACAUAUUGGAAAUUAUAAACUUAUUGUGAAAGGUA